AUGAGCUGCCGUCCAAGCCGGCAGAUAUCUGCAUUUUCAGCAGAGGGGCUUGGGCAGCAAACCUACGAGGAAGAUGGUGUUCGAAGAUCAUCAGUACAAUCAGUCGUGCAGGCGUCGAGUCUGAAACCGGGAGCACAGUUGACCAUGGAGCGUUUCCUACAGGACUUACCAAGCGCCGAUCAGCCACCGGUGGAAUUCAGUCAGCAAUAUCACACCGGCCGAGUCUCGAAUAGCAAAGGGAGAGAUGGGAAGCCUAGGCUACUUCUCAUGGGGCAGAGGAGGAGCGGCAAGUCCUCGAUAGCUAGUGUAGUCUUCCACAAGCUGCCGCCAAGCGAGACGCUAUUCCUCGAGACCACAUACAGGAUUAAGAAGGAAUCGAUGCACUCUUUCAUGGAUUUCCAAGUCUGGGAUCUACCGGGCCAUCUGGACUACUUUGACCCAGCAUUCGAUACGGACAACAUCUUCGACGAAAUCGGUGCGCUCAUCUGGGUCAUUGAUGCGCAAGACGAAUAUCUCGACGCGAUUGCCAGACUCAACUUGACAAUACUCAACUUACAGCACUCGUAUCCCAACAUUAACAUCGAAGUCUUCGUACACAAAGUGGAUGGCCUCUCGGACGAUUUCCGCGGCGACACAUUCCGCGACAUUAUUCAAAGAGUGCAGGACGAGCUCAGCGACAACGGCUAUGAGCAAGCACCCAUUUCCUUCUACCAGACCAGCAUCUACGAUCACUCCAUCUUCGAGGCCUUCAGCAAAGUCAUACAGAAGCUAAUACCGCAACUACCCACGCUCGAAGCGCUACUUAACAACCUGUGCGCUGCGUGCAACAUUGAAAAGGCAUACCUCUUCGACAUAAUGAGCAAGAUCUACGUAGCCACGGACACGACACCGACCGACAUAGGCAAUUACGAGAUCUGUUCGGACUACAUCGAUGUCGUUGUCGACGUGGCCGAGAUCUAUGGAUACGAACGGCAGAAUGACACACCAGAAGAAGAGCAGCUCGAGAAGGGCAAUGGAGAUGCAGAGAGCUUGAUCACGAUGGAGAGGAAAGGAGCCCGGUACUUGUACCUGCGGGAACUGAACAAGUAUCUUGCACUCGUUUGCAUCAUGGGCGACGAUAGUCCUGCCGAGAAGAAGGCCAUCAUCGACUACAACGUCGGUGUCUUCCAGGCCGGGCUCAAGAAGGUCUUCCCCAAGGGUGACCGGGAGGCUCAGGUGGAGAUUGUGGCUACCAACGACGCAGCCUCGUAG